ACCGUUUUUGCUAGAAAAGGUCCCAUAUUGGGAAAUAAUGAGGCAUCAUUGAUGUCGGAAUUGGUACAGAAUUUUGCUCGAAUGGGAGGUAGCUAUAUAGCAAAUGCUAGUUCAGCAAAAUUACUCAUCAAAGAAUUGAUAUAA